UUCCGAGCAGCCGUUAGUUUAGCGUCUCCUCACAGAGCAACACCUUACCUGAACACGACUUGACUGUUUUGUAUCGCGUGGAUCUGCCCUUCUUUCCACUCUCUGGUGGGACUGUAACUUUUUGGUCUUGGUGGUUGAACUCGGUCCCAUCGUCGCUUCGCCAUGAGUGUGAGGGUGACCUCGGAGAACGUGUUUCACACGGCGCUGCAGCCCAACACGACCGUCAGCACUUACGCGGUCCCCUCGCAAACCGAGCUCGCGCACGGCGGGACCCACGCCAAGGAGGAGGCGAGGUUCAAGCGCGUGCGCCAGCAGUUUUCCAUGAGACUGGCGGAGAAAUCCACGCUCCCGCGCCAGAACGGCUCGUCGGCACAAUACGCAGCCUCAGAGUCUGGGAAUCAUUCGACAAUGACAAAAUAUUCAACAAUGAGCCAGAAUUUCACUCCAAAUUUCAGCUCUAAAUCCUCUGUCUAUGCCCCCGGCAGAUCAAUGACAGCCCAACGUCCAUCCCGGUACUCUAGUGGUUACUCAUCCCGUUCUGCCAUUGAUUUCGCCCCAAGAACCGAAAUGAGUUACACAGGAGGUGGCGGUGGUGGUGGUGGUGGCGGCGGCGGGGCAUAUUACCAAGAAGAGUUUGGCAACGGCGGUUACCAGGGUGGCAGUUUCCAAGUCAGUGGUUACCAAAGUGGUGGUGGACAAGUUCCACAGCAGCAGGUCAGCGCAAUGACUCGAUCCUUCAGUCGAAUGGGGGGCGACCCAGAGACUCUGUCAAUGCAUUCAAUGCGUUUGUCAUCCGUGCCACGCCAAAUGGUUUCUUCAUGGGUGGUGCAGGACGACAGCGAUGGCAGCCUGGUUUCAGAGCGUGACGCCACUUACACACAACAGGCCUCCAUGCAGAGCAUGAGCAACGGCUAUGCUGUCAACACCUACCCACGCCAGUCCAUGUAUUCAACCUCUAGGAUGAACGGAUUUGAAAACGGACAGCAGCAGGUCAGUUCCAUGACGCUGCCAGCUAUGAAAUGCCCCCCCAGCGGGACGCUGGGCUCUGGCGGUGGAGGCAUGGAGCAGCAGGUCUACGUAAGGGGAACAUCCUUCAAAGGCCCUGCCCACCGCACCAUCAGCCGAUUCAACAACCGUCAAACGAUGCGCGGGUCCAACAUGUCAUCAAGCAUGUACGGAAGUGCCGGAUUAAGCGGCUCACAGAGCAGCAUGGCGGUGAUGCAGCAGGGAAGGCUGUCGCGCGCCGGCUCCGUCAGGAGCAUGCAUAGUGUCGGGAGAGGCAAGGAUGUGUUUGACGGCAUGGAUAUGAUGGGGAGCAUGGGCAAUCUGAGCGGAAUCAACUCUUUGGACAUGUUGACUGCCAUCAGCUAUCUUGGUGAGCCCGAUCAUAAUCUUCAGAUGUUGGGAGCUGCCUACAUUCAGCAUGAGUGUUACCAUAACAACGAAGCAAAGAAACAGAUGAACGAGUUGAAGGGAGUUCCUCUCCUGGUGCAGCUGUAUACCAGCGAGAGUCUAGAGGUGCAGCGCUACGCCACCGGAGCCACCAGGAACCUCAUCUAUGAGAACAUGGAGAACAAAGUGGCUCUUAUAGAAGCCGACGGGAUCCCCAAGCUCAUAGAGUCCCUUAGAGAACCAGACGGCGAACUCCGCAAGAACAUCACAGGUAUUCUGUGGAAUCUGUCCUCUAAGGAUAACCUGAAACAAAAGCUGGCACAAGAAACUCUUCCCGAAUUGACAAAGAAGAUUCUGAUUCCCCUCUCUGGCACCGGGGACCAGGACAUCAUCGAGCUGAACCCCUCCGAGUCCGACAUCUUCUUCAACACCACCGGCUGUCUCAGAAACUUGAGCUCGGUGAACGAGAAGACUAGAAAGCAGAUGAGAGAGACCAGUGGCCUUAUAGAUGCUCUGGUUGGCUAUAUUCAGAAAUGCUUGAUGGACACUGAAGUGGAGGGGAAGGGUGUGGAGAACGCAGUGUGUGUGUUGAGGAAUCUGUCCUAUCAGCUGUACAAUGAGAUGCCCCCCUCAUCACUUCUGCGGCUGGAGGGUCCGAAUCGAGCUCAGAGCUCCUCAAAAGCAGAAGCUAUCGGCUGCUUCACCCCUAAUAGCAAGAAGGCCAAAGAUAGAAAAAAUCAGGACCUCAGCACAUUUACAGAAGUGUCCCGGCAGCCCAAAGACAUCGAGUGGCUCUGGCACCCUAAUAUAGUGAAAUUGUAUCACCAGGUCCUGAGGUGCUCUAAGAACUCCACAACGCGAGAGGCCGCGGCCGGAGCCCUGCAGAACAUCACAGCUGGAGACAUGAGGUGGGCGUCCAUCUUGAGUCGUGUGGCAUUAGAGCAGAAUAAGAUGUUGCCUGAUAUUCUGGAUCUCCUUAGCAAUAGCAACAAUCUAGAGCUACGUUCUCUCACUGGCUUACUCAGAAACUUAUCCUGUCAUGCCAAGGAUAAGAACCACAUGGCCAAAGAGGUGGUGGGUCCCUUGCUUGCCAAACUGCCUGCCGAUGGCCGCCCGAAGGGGCCGUCAAGUGACGUGGUGGUGAACAUCUGUGGAGCCCUCAACAACCUGGUGACCAGCAGCAUGGUGGCUGCAAAAGAAAUCGCCUCCCUCGGAGGUCUGUCCAAGCUGAUGGGCAUCAAGACCUCUCAUGACAGCAGGUAAAACUAAAAAGUCAUCCAAAUA